AUGCGUUUACUUCCAUCGCUCGGCGCGGCGUUCGCCUCAGUCGCCCUCAUAUCUUUACCACUUCUUGCGCACAUACUACCGGUCCAUGCCACCGACGGCGAGGGCCUGCGAAUAGAGACCACUUUACCUGUAAGAUGUAGCCGGAGAACGCAGAAUGGCGACAAGGUGUCAGUACACUACCGCGGCACAUUACAAAGCGACGGCAGCGAGUUCGAUGCUAGCUACAACCGGGGCGACCCUUUCUCAUUCGUGCUGGGAAAGGGGCAGGUGAUAAAAGGAUGGGAUCAGGGUCUGCUAGACAUGUGUAUAGGGGAGGAACGAAGGUUGACUAUACCACCGGCGCUGGGCUAUGGAGAUCAGGCGAUGGGCAGCAAAAUACCAGCUGGGUCUACGUUGGUGUUCGAUACAAAGCUUAUGGGCAUCCAUGGUGUAAGCGUAGAAGCGCCGACGGCGUCUACAGCUGAAAUUACACCUCCAGCAAGUACUCAACCUGUGCAGUCGUCCGGUACUCCAGUGUCGACGCCCUUAACCACACCAAAACCCGAAGCUGCAGGCUCGCCAGGUGGCCCAAAAGAUGGUGAUGAUGUCCCCGACGCAGAAUGUCACUUGCUCGGACCAUUCGCUAUCUUUGUCCAAGGAGCACUCGGAAUCCUGGCUUUGCUAUCUCUGGUGUGGAAGCGACAUCGCGAGAGACCUCGGAGACCGCUCAAGAUAUGGGGAUUUGAUGUGUCGAAGCAGGUGUUUGGCUCGGUGCUUUUACACUUGGCGAAUCUCUUCAUGGCUAUGCUCUCCUCCGGGGGCUUCGACGUCGCUGCAAAAGCGAAGGAAGCUGCAACAUCUGUACAGGAUGGGCAGACCAAAACACCAAACCCUUGUUCAUUCUACCUCCUCAACCUUGCCAUAGACACAACUAUCGGCAUUCCCAUUCUAGUUCUGCUCCUUCGGCUUUUACAUUAUGGCUUCUCGCUCACUCCUUUAGCAAAUCCUCCAGAAUCUAUCCAGUCUGGCAACUACGGCCGCCCACCUCGGGUGACCUGGUGGCUCAAGCAAGCUAUUAUCUAUUUCCUUGGCUUAUUUGGCAUGAAGCUUUGUGUCUUCGCCAUCUUCCAGUUGCUGCCAUGGAUCGCAUGGAUAGGCGACUGGGCUUUGAGAUGGACUGAAGGCAACGAAGCGUUGCAGAUUACAUUUGUCAUGUUCGUCUUUCCGUUGAUCAUGAACGGAUUGCAGUAUUAUAUCAUCGAUGGAUUUAUCAAGGACCCGGCGCAUGGACACUCGGAGUAUGAAGCAGCGCCUAGCGAAGACGAAGAUGAGAACGCUGGGAGAAGGAUCUUGAGGCGGGGCUCGUACGCGUCCUCGACUGCCUCAAUGCGAGAGUCGCUUGAUGGGGAGCCAAGGCAGAAGUCCGCGACGAUUACAACUUCAGAAGCGUUGAAGGAAGCCAACCCAACGCCUGUCCCGAACUACAAUCCUGAAACGGACGGAGCGAGCAGCAGCGGUAGUAGCCGUUAG